UUAGAUUUGACGUAUCGUAGGUUUGUAUUCAAUCUCUCUCGAGAUGCCACAUUAGUUAAAAUAACUUUCUAUUCUCUUUGUUAUGAAAGAUUUAUAAGACCAGUGUCCAAGUCGACAAAAAAACAAUUUUAGAAGUAGAGUUCUACACAAUCGUCAAAAUUGCUUCCAAAAUGCAAGGCGUCAGCGCUCCGCGGGAGCCUGCGCCAGUCUUAAGCACCAGUUCCACCAUCCUCAACAUGAGGGAAAAAGAGAAGUAUAUAGAAGACUUUGACUUUCCCUUCUGCGACGAGUCGUCUAAAUACGAAAAAGUUGCCAAAAUUGGUCAAGGCACUUUUGGAGAGGUAUUCAAAGCUCGUGCGAGGAAUAGUAGCAAAAAGUUUGUAGCCAUGAAGAAAGUCUUGAUGGACAACGAAAAAGAAGGUUUCCCAAUCACUGCCCUGCGAGAAAUAAAAAUAUUACAAUUAUUAAAACACGAGAAUGUUGUAAAUUUAAUAGAAAUAUGCAGAACGAAAGCGACGUUACACAACAAAUACAGAUCAACAUUUUAUUUAGUGUUUGACUUCUGUGAACACGAUUUGGCGGGACUUUUAUCAAAUGUGAACGUGAAAUUUAGUUUAGGGGAAAUAAAGAAAGUGAUGCAACAGCUCUUGAAUGGUUUAUAUUAUAUUCACAGUAACAAAAUCCUACACAGAGAUAUGAAAGCUGCCAACGUCCUCAUAACUAAGAAUGGUAUACUAAAACUGGCCGACUUUGGUCUAGCGAGGGCCUUUAGUGUGGCGAAAUCAGGACAAGCUAACAAAUACACUAACAGAGUGGUCACAUUGUGGUACAGGCCUCCGGAACUAUUGCUCGGUGACCGUAACUAUGGCCCUCCGGUGGACAUGUGGGGGGCGGGCUGCAUCAUGGCUGAGAUGUGGACACGCUCUCCCAUCAUGCAGGGUCCGACGGAACAACAACAGCUGAUCCUGAUUUCCCAGUUGUGUGGUUCGUGUACUCCAGAUGUGUGGCCCGGAGUGGAGAGUCUCGACCUGUACACAAAGAUGGAACUGCCGAAGGGUCAAAAGAGGAAAGUUAAGGAGAGACUAAAGCCAUAUGUAAAGGAUCCAUACGGCUGUGACUUACUUGACAAGCUUUUACAGUUGGAUCCUGCAAAGAGAUUCGACGCGGACACAGCCCUGAACCAUGACUUCUUCUGGACGGACCCCAUGCCUUGCGACCUGGCCAACAUGUUAGCCCAACACACACAGUCUAUGUUCGAGUACUUAGCUCCACCGCGGAGGCCCGGACACCUGCGGCAUCAUCACCACGUGCCUGGGGCGCAGCCCAAACCAGCUCAAGCUCAGGACUCGGGCUACCAGGACAGAGUGUUCUAGGAUUAGGUCAGAUCCACUCGAUCUGCCUGUACACUAAUAUAUGAAACUGCUUGACAUUUCGAAGAUUACUGAAGUGAUGCUCAAGUACACCUUCAAAGUCUGUUGAGAAUGGUUUUGUCCUACAAAGUUUUGUCCGUCGCCCAGCGUCCUGUCGAAGGGGCUUGAACUGAUCGUAUGUCAGUUAAAGACUGAUAUCUUCACGUGAAGAAUAGAAAUUAAUGGUUAUAAACUAGUUUAUAAAAAUAUAGAACACCAUGUAUAAUAUAUACAGUAUGUUAACGGUGUUUCAUACAAUAAAAAUAUUUGAAUUAACUCAGUUUAACCCAA